UUCAAUCCCUAAUACAACUCUCAGAAAACAGAAAAUUUUAAUUUCUUCCAUUUCAAUUCGGAUUUGAAAUUAGGUGAAACCCGUUGCCGGAUCAUAUUUCAAUCCUAUCUUCUUCAAACAAAAAUCAGACGAUAUAUUUUUAAAAAAAAAAAAAAAAUUCCGGUGAGGUUGUGAUUAUAUAAGUUUGAAAUUGGAAUAUAGAGCGGUUAUAUUGGGAAAGCUUCCAAUGCUCUGCUGAUUGAUGACGAGCUCUAUCCUCCUUCCCCAAAAUGCCGUUUUACCUUGCUCGUGAGGCUCCCAAGAAGCUAUGGAGGAAAAUAUGCAAUGAGUCGUCGGCUGAAGCUUCGCUUCUUGCCGGGAAUUGGAAGUUUGUUCUUGCUGGUCUCAUUUGUCAGUAUCUUCAUGGACUAGCUGCGCACGGAAUACACUAUCUACAUCGGCCAGGACCCGUACUUCAGGAUGCUGGCUUCUUUUUACUCCCGGAACUUGGACGAGACAAAAAUUAUCUGAGUGAGACUCUGUUUGCUGUUGUAUUUUUCUCUUUUAUAUUGUGGACAUUUCACCCGUUUGUUUUUCAGAGCAAAAAAAUCUAUACAGUUCUGAUAUGGUGCAGGGUAUUUGCUUAUUUAGCUUUGUCUCAGUUUUUACGGGUCAUCACCUUCUACUCCACUCAGCUUCCUGGUCCAAACUACCAUUGCCGCGAGGGCUCAGAACUUGCCAGGCUGCCCCCUCCGAAGAGUGCAUUUGAAGUUCUCUACUUUCCCCGAGCUGUUAUGUAUGGCUGCGGUGAUUUGAUUUUUUCAUCGCAUAUGAUUUUCACUUUGGUAUUUGUGCGCACAUUUCAGAAAUAUGGAACAAGGAGGUGCAUCAAACAGUUUGCUUGGUUGAUUGCUUUGAUUCUGAGUCUCUUGAUUAUAGCAUCUCGCAAACAUUACACUGUUGAUGUUGUUGUUGCCUGGUACACUGUAAAUUUGGUCGUGUUCUUUCUCGACCAAAAAUUGCCAGAAUUGCCUGAUCGGUCCUUGAGUUCGACAUCCCCGCCGCUGCUACCGACCAGUACCAAGGAUAGGGAUAGCAAACACAAAGAAGAGCUUGAAAAAUUCCGAAAUGGAAAUUCUUCUGACAUCACUACAGGAGUCUGAAAAAUCAGUAAAUAUUCUCAAUCCCAUGCAGUUGUAUUGUCUUGUCUUGUUGAUGCUUUCAUCUGAUUGUAGGACAGAGAAACCUAAUAUCUUCGGGAUAUUAAAAUACUUAGCAGUAUAUGGUAAAUGCAUGAAUAGCACAAGCUGAAGAUGGCUUUGCUUCUGUUAGUCGUAGGUUUGUACUGAAGUUGUUUCAAUAGAUGCAGUCUCUUUGUCGAGUGAGGCUGAUAAACCUGAUAAAGAUAAUUGCUGGUAAUGGAAUGGAGUUGUUUUAACACCCCUUCACCCCUUAGGAGUUCCAGUAUUUCAUUUUUGAAUGUAAUAGUCACCCAUCUCUUAUUGGUGAAGUUCACUUUUUUACAUUUA